GUGAGCAUGCUCACUGCCACCAUUUAAAACUGAUAUGCCUUUUUGAACUGGGAAUUUAAUCAUGAUCUCUUGAUAAAAUUCAUUUGCUGAUUUCCAGCUUUAGGUUCAUCUUUUGCUGAAUUGUGGUAUCUUUACCACUAAUUGAUCCAUGGAUUCUUUAAAUUUCUACAUUUAUUUUUAUAAAUCUGCAGAACUCAGGAAGUGUUCCCCUUGCAACCUCAAAGCUCAAACCCUUCCUCCUGAGCCUUAUGAUCGCGGAGCAACUAUUGACAUUCCUCUUGAUACCUCAAAGGACAUCAAGGCAAAGGAGAAAGAACUUCAAGCCAGAGAAGCUGAAUUGAAAAGAAGGGAACAGGAGCUAAAACGAAAGGAAGAUGCUAUAGCCCGAGCUGGAAUAGUUAUAGAGGAAAAGAAUUGGCCUCCUUUUUUCCCCAUCAUUCAUCAUGAAAUUUCAAAAGAAAUACCAUUGCAUCUUCAAAGGAUCCAGUAUGUUGCGUUUACAACAUGGUUAGUGGGUUGACUAAUUCAAAUUACACA